AAAAUGAGUACCCGGCAUACGCUGGGGGGGUAAAGAAAGGCCGGGGAAAGAACUGGCAAGACCACCCCAUAUAUACGGUCUGCCUAGUAAACGUUGCAAAAUGUCACCCUAAGAGUCGGAAAUGACUCGCACUACAAGUGCAGGGAUAUCUUUACCUUUUACGGGAAGGCUUGUAUGGAGGGAGGAGGAGGGUGUUGGGAAGUGUUUUCUCUCGGAACUCUGCCGCCUGCUCCCUCUCCCCCCCCUUAACCUGCCGGGCUCCUGUUCGUUGCAGCCUGUCCCAUCUCCUAUCGUGCUUUGCCUCCCUUUUCACCUUAGACGUGGAGGCUAACACUCUAGUCCUGAGUAGGUCAAGUGCUCGCUCAGGGCUCAACUUAUUCCUGGGCUGUACCACUUCAGGCUGCAGAUGUAUGUAUAGUUGCGUGGGAAGGAGCCACAAGAGAAAGAAGUACGGUAAGGAGAAAGGAUACAUUUGCGGGAAAGAAAGACAAGCAAGAAGAACAGAGGAGGAAGGGAGAAGAGGAAAGAAGAGAAAGGAAACAGCAAAAUCAAAAGAAGAGGGGGGAAAGGCAGUGGUUGCAAUGUCUCACAGCAUCUAUGUUCGGUCCAUUGUGGCUAAGCUCAGUUUGGUGGUCUUGCUGCUUUUUGCAACCAGUUUCUCUUCAUGCUUAAAUGACAGAGUUGCAGAGUUUGCUCUGACAAAAAAAGAAGAGAGUGAUUUAAAGGAGCAGAAGCAGAACAGUGAAGAGUUGGUGGAGGAGGGUUUUGAUUCUGAAGACUUGGAAGUAUUUUAUCCAACACAUCAGUGGCAAACAGUCCGGCCAGGUCAAGCUGUUCCUACUGGCCUGCAUAUACAAUUAAAUCUUCAGACAGGAGAAAAAUUAGCCAAGCUUCCUGAUGAUGAUGAUGAUGAUGAUAAGAAAAGUGACAUGAAAGAUCCUCAAAAAAGUAAAAGGCUGGGCCACGUAGAUAUUGACCCGAGUUCAUUUACAACGCAAGAACUCAAAAAGGCUUUGGCUAAAAUGAAGAAAACCAUGAUGGAGGAUGAUGUACUGGCUCACAAGGCUCAUCAGGAAGAUGUCAGACGAAGGUUCCGUCCCAUUGAAAAACUUAAGGAAGAGUUCAGAGAGCUCAAUCUGCAGCUGGAAACAGACUUUGAAAUUAUGUUUAAAUUAAUCAACAAAUUCAACAGUUCUGCUUCAACGCUGGAGGAGAAAAUAACAGCACUUUACGAUCUUGAAUACUACGUUCAUCAGGUGGACAAUGCAAAAGAUUUGCUUUCCAUUGGUGGUCUACAACUUUUGAUUAAUGGGUUAAACAGCACUGAGCCAUUGAUGAAAGAAUAUGCAUCCUUUGUACUGGGAGCUGCACUGUCUAGCAACCCCAAAGUACAAAUUGCCGCAAUUGAGGGGGGUGCUUUACAAAAACUGCUGGUUAUCCUGGCUACAGAUCAGUCUCUAGCUGUGAAGAAAAAGGCCCUCUUUGCUUUGUCGUCAAUGCUGCGACACUUUCCCUAUGCCCAGCAGCAGUUCCUCAAACUUGGAGGCCUUCAAGUACUUAGGAAUCUUUUUACAGAGAAAGGAAUGGAGACAUUACACAUCCGCACUGUGACGCUUCUCUAUGACUUAGUAGUUGAAAAGCUGUUGCUCAAGGACUCGCCUGAUGAUAAUCAAAUCCGUGAGAGAGCUCAGCAGUAUAGCCAAGUGAACUUGGUCCCAGCCGUUGUGGAACAGGGCUGGUGCAUGAUCAUUUCUAACCUCCUGAAGAUGCCGGAGCAUGACACCAGGGAAAAAGUUCUAAAGACUAUGCACGUGCUACUAGAUUCCUGCAGGGAUAGCUACAAAGAAGAUCACAGCCUCAACCAUACAGUGGGCCUACUUCGCCAAGAAUACGAAGAGCUGGCGGCAGAAGAACAAAAGGAGGGGGAAGAAGAUGGCUAUUUUAAGGAACUCCUUGGCUCUAUUAAUAGCCUUGCCCAGCAGCUGAAAUGAAUACUAUAGCCUUGAUGAGCUGUAAAAAUUCACUGGUAAAUUUGGAAAGAGUUAUGCAGAAUAAAACCAUUGAACAAACA